AUGGAACAUAUUGGGACCAAAGCCCCCAUGACUUCAGAAGACAGAGGCGGCGAGCAUGCUCGCCGCUAUCACCGUCCUACGAAUAACAAGACAGCGGUGAUCAACUGGUACACACAUCAAGCGAACUUCGUGGACCAGUCAUCCCUUCGAAAGCUUGCAACCCCUGUGGCAUCCUGGAUCGCCUACGGCCCCGAGGGUCGGAUUCCGACAGUAGAAGAGUUCCAGCUCUUGGAGAAGUUCAUGAACAAGAUGGAUGGUGGGCUGUUGCCCCCUCGGUUGAGUGAUGUCUUAUGUGAAAUGAAACGCCGGCUCCAGUCUCUCCCCAGGCCGGCCGAUGAGGCUUGGAAUGGGGCAGAGAAGAGCCUUCGAAGAAGCUAUCGGGAGUUGCGACGCCGCUGCAACGAAGCUGCAGACGCAGCAGUCGUCGCUAGGGAUGUUGAUGUCGUUGAUGCAGACGAGCAGGAGGAAUCCUUGCAAGUCCGUGACACGGAAGAUGCUGGGUCUCCCGGUACAUCUGCUCAGUCUGAUCAACACCUCAUGUUGUUCCGAAAGAUGAACGAGUGGGGCUUUCUGGACACUGCGCAGAAGCUCGAGCGCUUGCAGCAAGCCGAGGAGGCAUCCAGGCGCUCACGCAGGAGCUUGGGCCAGGAAGAGCUGACAGAUAUCCUCAACAUGGCUGCAGCUUGUCUUGCAGAUCCUCGCAGACAUGCCAGGCUGCAGCACGCGGAUGCUACAGACAUCGGCGAAGUCAGAGCUGCCGCGGAAUUGCAGGAUGUGGCAGUUGAUCUGCAAAAGCGAAUUCGGGCAUUGCUUCUGCAGGCUCUCCAUGUAUGGCAGAUGAACCAAUUCGAUUGUCAAGCCAUAGAGCAUGUCCUGGACUGGGUUCAGCAGAAGAUCAUCAAGUUCGAGAACAAGGCUGGCGAGAUUCAAGGUGCUGCUGCAGGGAAGGCUUGGCUGAAAAUCAAGCAGAUGAUCGACGAGUUGCUGCUGCGGGGAGUAAGAGCGCAGUCGAACCCGCGUGCGAAAGGCACAAUCAAGAUCCCAGCGAAAGCUGUUCCCAGGGUAGUGCAGGAGCGCCAGAGUGGCAUACAGAACAUCUCGUGGCACUCGGGGAGAAUGGGCUGGGAAUGCCGACGAGAUUUUCGACAGAAGCGGCAAUCUCGCUUAUUUAAAAUUUCCAAGUUCCUGGACCAGGGCCUCGGCGAGGAGGCGGCUGUCGAGGCCGCGCUGCAGGAAGCAAAGGCCUACCGCGAGGAGCUCGUGCGCCGUGGCGAGUUGAAACACCCGAAGCCGAAACCCCCGAGCUCAAGUGUGAGGGGCGUUUUCUUUGACAGAAGCAAGCAGAAGUGGGCAGUUCGGUCGUAUGAUGCGAUCGAAAAGAAGACUGUUCACAUUGGUUACUUCCUUGUCAAGGAGGACGCCGAGAUCAAGGGCCGGGAGAUGGCCAGGCAGCUUGGUGUUCGACCCGAGUACGAGGUGACGCCGGCGAAGAGAAGCAGAGCUGAGGUGCCUUCGGAAGCUUGCGACUGA